UGUCUGCGGACCCUGUCUCCAUCGCUGUGUAACCUGCAGGUGCUCACCUACCUGAACAUUAGCCGCAACCUCCUGACCUCCCUGCCCCCUCACAUCUGUCGCCUGCCCCUCACCGUGCUCAUCGCCAGUAACAACAAGCUGAGCUCCGUGCCGGAGGAGGUGGGCGCCAUGAGCAGCCUGCGGCAGCUGGAUAUCAGCUGCAAUGAGCUCCAGUUGCUGCCCGCACAGAUGGGGUCUAUGGGGUCACUGCGAGAAUUAAACGUGCGCAGGAAUCAGCUGACGUCUCUGCCGGAAGAAAUCUCCGCGCUGCCUCUGACUCGCCUGGACUUCUCCUGUAACCGCGUCUCCCGUAUUCCUACCUGUUACCGCCACUUGCGGCACCUUCAGAGCAUCAUUCUGGACAACAACCCCCUGCAGUACCCUCCCGCUCAGAUUUGCCUUAAAGGAAAGGUUCACAUAUUUAAGUACUUGAACAUAGAAGCUUGUAGUAAACCAACUGCGGAGCUGGGUGACCUGGGAAAACUGAGCCGCCCCACCAGCUUCACUGCGUGCCUGACCGAUGACCUGUACUCUCAACCAUACGGGGGGCUUGAUUCUGGAUUUAACAGUGUGGACAGCGGCAGCAAGCGGUGGUCCGGCAAUGAGUCUGUGGAUGAGCUCUCAGACCUCUCCUUCAGAGUCUCCGGUUUGGGGCGAGAUGUGCGACAAUUCAAAGAGAAGCUCAACGGUGCCACGAAUGGAGAGAGCGAGCAGCUGGAUUUCAUUGACAGCAGCACAAAUGAGGAAGAGGAGGAAGGGAGGUCUGACAACGGCCUUCACACGAUGGCUACUCCUCAGGAGAAGAGGAAGCCAGACUCACACUCCACACCCCAACCAGACUCACACUCCACACCCCGGCCGGAGGAGAGGACCCUGGUGUGCGGGUCAGAGCCGUCCCCCCCUCCUCUUACCACACGUCAGGAUCAGAGCUCCGAGGAGCGUCGUCGUCCGGAGACCCUCUCCAUCUGGAAGGAGAGAGAGCGUCAGCAGCAGCUUCAGCAGAGGCAGGACAUUCUGCGGAGACCGUCUGUGGACCGUAGGGAGAGCUUGCAGAAGACGCAAUCCAGCUCGUCCGUCUCCGCCCUAAAUCACAAUGAAGUGACCAAUCCAGCACCCGGCGUCUCCUCUGAAGGUUGGAACAGACCGCGCAGCCAGGGAAGUCAGACCGAGGCGACCAAACCGCUGUCCCCGACCUCCGCGCCUACAGACACCUCUCCAGCUUCCAUACAGAGACCCAACAGUUUUCUCUUCCGAUCGUGUUCCCGAGGGGCCAUGCGGUCCACUCCAGGUUCAGAGCAGAGCUCUGCUGGGAGCUGUAGUCCUGUGCGGUUACGAACAUCUUUUCCUCGUACAGAUGAGAAGGCAGCAAUAGCGCAACUACGUAAG